CUGCCUCUUAACCAGAUAAUAUUAUUAACCCCAUAUCUUCCUGUUCUCCAGUCACGCCAGCAAAAAUUUAUUAAGUACUAUAGAUGCCCACAUAAAUGGUGAGGUUCUCUCCAAAAUUAUCCCUCAGAAACAGUUGCUUUAUAUUUGGGUCUUUACAAAGUCAUAUUAGAAUUCUCUCAAACACAGAGCUUUGACAGCAAAGUACAGCCUUGAGAAAACAUUAGCAUUGAAAUGCUUGAAGAGGUCCCCUGAGAGAAUUGCUUUAAGACAGCAAAGAAAUUUAGCAUGAAUUUAAUCGCUUUUUCUUCCUAACUACCAGUGUGGAUAUCACUAUAAACUUUAAAAAACAAUACUGUAUGUGAUUACAUUAUAAAGAUCAAGAGUAAACACCUAUAAGAUGUACUAUUAUGCAAAUGAAUAAUUCCCAUGGACAUCUGUUCUGGACUGGAUUUUGCCCCACUCUGUCCCCAAUUUAUAUGUUGAAGUCUUCACUCCCACUGUCACUUAUUUGGAGAUAGGGCUUUUAAAGAGGCAAUUAAGGUAAAUGAGAUCAUAAGGGUGGAGCUCUAAUCCAGUAUGUCUAGUGUCCUUAUAGAAAAGAAAGAGACACCAGGGAUGCAUGGGCUCAGAGAAAAAGGCCAUGCGAGGACAUAGCAAGAAGGUGGGCAUCUGCAAGUCAAGGAGGGAGACCUCAGGAGAAACCAACCUGCCAACACCUUGAUCUUGGACUUCAGCCUCCAGAACUAAGGGAAAAUAAAUUUGUGUUGUUUAAGCCACCUGCUAUGGCAGCCUGAGCAGACUAAUGCAGCAUCCUAUAUGAGUUUUCCAAACAAAGUAGAUGGAAAUUCAGAUGAUGUGCCCUGGAAACCUUGUUAUAUGACUCAGAGUGGCUCUGGUCAUGAGGAAGAAGUGAGUGGCAAGGAAGUUUGUGAAGAGUUUGAUUGAAAUUGUUUCCUAAAAUAAGCAUGAAAAAAGUAAUGUUUAAAAAUGUCUUUACUCUUUCCCAUCUUGCAAGAUGGCGGGCGAAAAAGCUGAGAAGCCGGAUACUAAGGAGAAGAAACCUGAAGCUAAGAAGGCUGAUGCCGGUGGCAAGGCUAAGAAGGGUAACCCCAAGGCUAAAACGCCAAAGAAGGGGAAGCCCCCCUGCAGCCGAAACCCUGUACUUGUCAGAGGAAUUGGCAGAUAUUCCCGAUCGGCUAUGUAUCCCAGAAAGGCCAUGUACAAGAGGAAGUAUUCGGCAGCUAAGUCUAGGGUUGAAAAGAAAAAGAAGGAGAAAGUUCUUGCUACUGUCACAAAACCAGUUGGUGGUGACAAGAAUGGUGGUACCCGAGUGGUUAAACUUCGCAAAAUGCCUAGGUAUUACCCUACUGAAGAUGUGCCUCGAAAGCUGUUGAGCCACGGCAAAAAACCUUUCAGUCAGCACGUGAGAAAGCUGCGAGCUAGUAUCACCCCUGGGACCAUUUUGAUCAUCCUCACUGGGCGCCACAGAGGCAAGAGGGUAGUUUUCCUGAAGCAACUGAGCAGUGGCUUGCUACUUGUGACUGGACCUCUGUCCCUCAAUCGAGUUCCUCUGCGUAGAACACACCAGAAAUUUGUCAUUGCUACUUCUACCAAAAUUGAUAUCAGCAGUGUGAAAAUCCCCAAACAUCUCACUGAUGCUUACUUCAAGAAGAAGAAGCUGCGUAAGCCCAGACACCAGGAAGGUGAGAUCUUCGACACCGAGAAAGAGAAAUACGAGAUUACAGAGCAGCGCAAGGUUGAUCAGAAAGCUGUGGACUUGCAAAUUCUGCCAAAAAUCAAAGCUGUUCCUCAGCUUCAGGGCUACCUCCGCUCUGUGUUUUCUCUCACAAAUGGAGUUUACCCUCACAAAUUGGUGUUCUAAAUUUCUUACAAAGAACGUAAUUAAAUAACUGAUCCAUUU